GCAACUUGCAGAGUUGGUUGGUGCCGAGUCUUGGAGCUCCCUGCCCCUGACAGAGUUAAACUGAAAGUGAAUCUGAGCUUGUCUGCUGCUGCUGACAUCCUCCUGGUCCCUCCCACUCGGUGAUCACCUGUAGUUGAGAGAGAGAGAGAGGGGCUCAGGCAGUGAAGGUGCAGUGUAGCCUGCCUGCGCUGGACAGUGGACAGUGGACAGUGGACAAUGGCACUGCCUCUGGCCGGAGCCCACUGUCCCAGCUCCCGCUGACCGAUUGAGCUGUUCAGUUCCCGGGAGCUCUCCCUCCUUUCUGCCGCCCUGAUACAGCUUUCGUCUCGUGUUUCUCCUUCCCUCUCUCUCUGUCUCCAGACCUGCCAUGCCUCGCAAAAAGAGUUCCCAUGUGAGACAGGCGAGCAGAGAGCUGCCAAACGGAGCCCCGAAACCCCCCCUUCGCCGAUCCAGAUCCUACAGUGAGGUUCACGACCUGACCUAUAAGGUCAUGUUAAUUGGAGAUUCUGGCGUGGGCAAGACCUGCUUCCUAGUCCAGUUCAAAGAUCGUGCUUUUUUAGCAGGAAACUUCAUCGCCACAGUCGGGAUAGACUUCAGGAAUAAGGUGGUGGUUGUGGACGGGGUCAAAGUCAAGCUACAGAUCUGGGACACAGCCGGACAGGAGAGGUUUCGCAGUGUCACUCAUGCCUACUACAGAGAUGCUCAAGCACUGCUGCUGCUGUACGAUAUCACAAGCAAAUCAUCAUUUGACAACAUCAGGGCCUGGUUAACCGAGGUACAUGAAUAUGCACAACAGGAUGUGGUCAUCAUGUUGCUAGGUAACAAGGCUGACAUUACCAGUGAGAGAGCCAUCAAGAGAGAAGAAGGCGAGAAAUUGGCCAGGGAAUAUGGAGUUCCUUUCAUAGAGACCAGUGCCAAAACUGGUAUCAAUGUUGAGCUGGCAUUUCUGGCUGUGGCUAAGGAGCUGAAACACAGAUCCGUCAACCAACCAAAUGAACCCAAAUUCCGAAUCCACGAGUACAUCGAAUCUCAGAGGGAAAAGUCCAGCUGUUGUGGCUUUGAAUAAGGGGCUGUUCUGAUUGGAGGACUCAGGGCUCAGAGUAGCAAUCGGCUUAAUUGAUUGGCUCUGAAAGAUUAGUGAAACAUGCACUAUUUGUAAAUUGGCAAUCAUGGUCAGCAGUGUAUCCAUCCUGUAUCUAUCCUGUACCAACCCAGUACCCAUCCUUUACCCAUCCUGUACCUGUUGGUAGCACUUAAUACCCAUCCAGUACCCAUCCUGUAUUCAUCCUGUACCCACCCUGUACCUGUCCCAUAUCCAUCCCUCCAUCCCAUGUAUGUGCCCCUGCCCUGCAUCUAUCCAUGCCUAUCUCAUACUGGUCCUGUUUCCCAUGUCUACAUUAUCCAUAUCCAUCCUAUACCAAUCCCAUCCAUUAUCCACUCUGUGCCCAUACCUAUCCAGUACUAUUUUCCAUUCAGUUGACAUCACAUACCCAUAUUUGUGCCAUGCUCUUCGCAGACCAUUCCUGCCCCAUAGCCACAUCCAAACUAUUCUAUACCCAAAUCCUGUAUCUAUCCCUGGUUAAUAUGCUUUCUGUGCCUGUCCAUUCUGUACCUGUACCACGUGAUGUGAGAUCUAUAACACAAAACAGAUUCUCUGCUAGUCGGGACAUCUGCACCUCCCCUGGGAUUCUGAGAGAUUCUGGAUCGAAGAAACUCUCCCGCAUCCUGAUUGGCCAGCUUGCUGGAGGUGAGCAAGAUCCUGCAAUGGGAAUUGUUAUGACAGAUAUCUCUUUAAUGGUUACUGGUAUUUUAUCCCUUUCUGAUAUCACCUCAAGACAGGUAAGCAGCUGGAUGCAACCUAUCACGCUGGUCUCCACAGUUACCUGCUCCUUCACAGGCAAAUUAUUGACCAUGAUGACCUAGGGGUCCCUUCCACCUCCCUUCACCAUCCACCUCUCAGACUCACCACUGUCCACACUACCUACUGUGUCCCUGUGGAGCCUAACAGCACUCAGGCCAGAGCAGUGGGUACCCACUGGGUUCCAUGGGUAUCAGGUGCCCUUUCACUGACCCUGCAGGUCUGAGAUGAAGGUUGCUGUCAGACCUGUUUAGUCCCCGGCUUUCCUCAGCUCCCACUCAAACCCCUCCAUUACUGCUCUCUGGCCCAUUACCCAGCCAGUGGUUUUCCUGCAGAGCUGUCUACAACUGAAGCCUUGGAGUUUCACAACAUUACUGGAGCAGGGACCCUCAGCGCAUGAACUGGAUGGUCCAGCUGGAGAGAUCCAAGGACAUUGGGUGUUCAGGGAUGAUAGCUGGCAAUUCAUACUCGACAGUGCCCCUCACAAUCAAUCUCCGGCUUCGAAAGGGAAAGCAAUGUAGAUUGAUUGGCAUCAAGGGAUAGGGAAUAGUAGUAUUGAAGGAGAUGAUGAGCCAUGGUCUAAUUGAAAUCUGCAGCAAGCUCGAAGGACCGAAUGGCCUAUGCCUGAUCCUAUUUUUUGUGUUCAUGUUCACCCAAGUGACACUGGGUCCGAAAGAAUUAUGUCUGCUUUGGCUUAUGAUCUCCUGAAUGUGGCAGACAAAAUUAUCAGUGACCUUAUCAAGACGUUUAAAGGAAUUGAAGUGAUAAAUGGAGAGAAACUGUUUCUUCUUUCUUGGGGUGAUUCCAGAACAUGGGAGGACAAUCUUCAAAUUUGAGCCAGCUCACUCAGGGCUGGUGGCAGCAACCAUUCCUUUCUCACAGAGGGGAGUGGAAGUCUGGAAUCCACUCUUCCAAAAAGCUGUGGUGGCUGGAGGCAGGUGUCAACUGAAAAUUUCAAACUGGGAGCGAUUUUUUUUUUGUGAGGCAAGGGUCAAAAUGGAGUUAAGCUAUAGAUCAGCCAUCGCAGGCUUGAGGGGCCGAAUGGACUCCUUCUGUUCCCAUGCUGCCUGAAAGUCCAGUUUUUACUAGCUGCCCAUUCUCACAUUCACACAGACGGCACUGGCCAUUGGGUUUCAAGCCGUGUGGAUGCGGAGCAGCUUAGUUCAGAGAUUUUCCCUCUGCCCCAGUUUGUGUGGGACAUAGACUGAUGUACACAGACCACAGUACAAAUUAACCCUUCUCAUCUCUAAACCUCUUCCCCAACCACCAUUCCAUCCACAUGUUCAGUGUUUAUGAAGGCCGUGCAGAGAUCGUGAUGUACUGUGCAAACCAUGGCAAAACAGACAGUUCAGACGCCAUCUUGCUGUGCCCUCCUGUUAUGCCAUGCUGUUUGUUUCUGUUUUUAAGCAUGAUUUUAAAUAAAGUCACGUGUUUCUUUCUGGGUGGCGGGGGAGGUGCAAGUCAGCUGAUAGACAUUUUAUACAUAUCUCUAGAUGCAGCUUUUUAAUCUUGGGAUGAAACUGUACAUAAAAGAAAAACAUGUUUGCUUUGUACUGGGUAAUGAGAUUACUGUUCUGAUGUAUUAUUUGUUUCACUGAAAGUUUCCUCAGUCGUGUAGCUUUUGAAAAAAAAUUAAUUGUGCCUAAGACAGAGAUUGAUGUAUUAGAGUUUCCAGGCAAGCGUCCUUUGACUUAUUUAUGCCAAAAAUGGAGGUGUCCCUCACAUUACCGGUGUUAGCCCAUCCUUGACAUCUCCCCACAUUGUCACAGAAGAACACUCUUGUGAAGUGGUUUAUCAGCCUCACCCCACCCUUCCCCACCAAUCAUUCCUUCUGCUAUUUCAGCCUUCAAUUGUGCCAAACUCACUGAUGUCAGGGGUCCUCAUGUCAACCUGUCACUCCUCUCCUGGUCCUUAAACUGGCUAAGUUUAAGUUUUGUUAGUUUAUUCAUGAAGAGAAUUGCUUCCAGUGAUCGAGGGCCAGAAACCAGAGAACACAGAUUGAAAGUAUUGACAAAAUACCAGAGGAGAGACAAGAAUUUCUCUUUUAUGCAGUGAGUCAUGAUGACUGGGAAUAAAGAUGUGCCAAAAGAUCAUGGAAACAGGUUCAGCAAUUGCAUUGAAAAAUGGACAAAUACUCGAUGAGAAAAAUGUGCGCCAGGCUUUCGGGAAAGACCAAAAGAGGAGAAUAAUGAAAUCAUUCUUUCAGAAAGCCAGAAUGGGCACAAUUCCUGCACUGUACGACUCUAUAUUGGGGAGCAGUAGUUAGCCAGCACCCAGUUUGUGAUGUAGUAGCAGCGAUUUGUCAGGAAACACUGGCUGAGAGAAAAUCUCCACAGUGUGAGGUUCUGAGAAAGACUGAGUUAAGAGAGUACCCAGUGCGAUGACACUCUGUCCCUACCUUAGCUGGUUUGCUUCUGAACCCUCUCAAUAAAUCAUUUACCAUCCCCAGACUGGACCAUUCCAAAGAUUCCCAAUCCUGUCUUCAAUCUUGUGUCCUGUUUGACAAACUUAUUCAAGAUUUUUGAGGAUGCAACGAAUAAAGGGGAGUCAGUAGAUAUAGUGUGCUCUGGUUGAAUAUCCAAACAUCACUCGAUAAACUCCAUGCAGAAGUCUAAUACGUUAGGGCUAAUGGUGUUGGAGUAAGAUAUUUGCAUGGAUAGGGGUUAGAUUAAUAGGUAGGAAGCAGAGUGUAAGCAUAAAUCGAGCAUUCAAGUUGCAGGCACAAGGAUCAGUGCUCAGGUACCCAGCUAUUUAUAAUCCAGGUUAAUGGCUCAGACAACAAGUAAUGUUCGCUGAUAUGAUUCAAGGAGGAAAUGUAAGUUGUGAAGAGGUCACAAAGGUUAAGAAAAGCAGAAUAUUUUUAAAAUUCAUCUGUCUGCUAACCUACCACAUUUCUUACUCACAAGUCUGUCCAAACAUUACAUUAUCAGUUUUAUGAAUUUUAAAAAUAUUCUGCUUUUCUGAUAUGAUGACCAAAGUGAAUGAUUUCACACUUCCUCACUUCAUCCUCUCUCUGUCACCUUGUUGCCUAUUCUCUUAACCUGCAUGUAUCUCUUUGUGACCUCUUCACAACCUACAUUUCCUCCUUGAUUUAUAUCAUCAGCGAACAUUACUCACUGUCUGAGCCAUUAACCUGGAUUAUAAAUAGCUGGGUUUACCUGAGUAUCGAUCCUCGAGCCUGCAAUUUGAAAAUACUCCAUUUAUGCUUACGCUCUGCUUCCUGCCUAUUCACCUAACCCCUAUCCAUGCGAAUACCUUACACAACUCUAUGAGCCACAAUGUGUCUUAGACUUUUGCAUGGCAGCUUAUCAAGUGACAUUUGGAUAUUCAACUGCAGCAUACUACAUGUACUGGGUCUCCUUUAUCUACCUUCAUUGCAAAGGGAUUAGACUAUGAGAAUAAAGAAUGCUGUUAGAACUGUCCAUCGUUUUGUGAGAUGACAUCUGAAAGUCUGAACCACACUAAAACACAGCACAGUCUCUAGCUAAGGAACUGAUCGUUUAGGUCUGAGAUGAGGAGAAUUUUUUUUCACUCAAAGGGUUGUGAAUCUUUGGAAUUCUGUAGCCCGGAAGUUGGUGGGUUCUGAAGAAGGGUCACUGGAUUUAACUCUGCUUAAUCUUCACAGAUGCUGCCAGACCUGCUGAGAUUUUCCAGCAAUUUCUGGGCUUUUUUCCCUUAUUUUCAGUAUCUGCAAUUCUUUAGGGUUUCUUUGUUUGAGUGAUGGAGGUUUCAUUUUUGAGUAUUUUUAAGACAGAGAUAGUUGGUCUCUCGGGAAAUCAAGAGAUAGGAGGAGCAAGUGAGAAGUUUGAUUUAAAGUGCAAGAUCAGCCAUGAUCAUAUCAAAUAGUGGAGCAGGCUUGAUUUUCUGAAUCAGAAUCUGAAUCAUUGACUAAUGCUGCUCCUGUUUCUUAUGUUCAUCUUCUGCCAUCCUGAAAUCAGCCAUAACUUGUACCAAGUCCUGUUCCACCACUGCACUCACUGACCACGAGUUAACUGUCUCAAUCCCUCUCUGUAUCUCCUCCAACUCUGCAAACUUUCAAGAUCUCUGCACUCAUCCAAUUCUAGAUUUUUAAACUGCACCAUCGACCAUGCCUUCAGCGGCCUGGCCCCAUGCUCUAAGAUCCCUCCCAAAUCCUCGCUGACUUUUUAUUCCUUUCAGCCACUCCUUAUAACUUAAUUCUCUGACCAACUUUUGAUCACUUCUCUUUAGGACCAAUUAUGUUAAAUGUUAUCUGAUUAUGCUCCUGUGAAACAUUGUGGGCCACGUUACAAUGUUAAAGAUGAUACUGCAACUCAAAGGCGUUAUUCUCAGAGUGAAGGACACAGGGAGGAAGGACUGAUUAGGGGAUGGCCUGUGUAACAUUGGGAAUGCUCAGAGAAUCACUAACUAGACGAAGGGAUCAAGACACCAAGGGUCAUGUCAAAGUGAGUUAUCGAGGUAAACGAUGAAAUGAAUGACCCAGUCAGAAAAGUCUAUCUCUAAUCUAAGACAUUCAACAAGGAAACAGAAGAAAGCUUGAAACAGGAAGCUGGAUGUUUAAUAAAUUACUGUGAAUAACAAUGGUGACUAAAUUAAAUGUAAUAAUCUGCCUGUUUUAUACAACAAUGUAAAGGUAACUUCACUCCAUAUCCAGCUCUGCUGUAUCUGUCCUGGGAAUAUUUGAUAGGAACAAUGUCAAGCUUUACUUUUGAUUUAAUGAAGUAGAGAGAGCUUUAGUUUCAUUUUAAUAGAGUAGAGGCAGCUUCACUGUGUACAUAACCAAUGUUGUACCUGUCCUCGGAGUUUGAUGUGACUGUGUAGAACGAGCUUUACUUUACCUUUAUAAAAGUAGAGAGAGCUUCACUCUGUAUCAAACCCA